AUGGCAUCCCUCCGAGCCCAGAGCGCGGCUCGCAUGCUGCGCGGCGCAGCCCGCCCUUCCUUCCCGAUGACUGCUCGCCGAUUCGAGAGCUCCCUCACCACCGGCACCCAGGCAACGUCCGCCCCUGCCGCCGUUCCCGCCUCCACCGAACAGAACCAGCCCGACUACAACAUCCAGGCUGACAAGGCGACAUCCACCUUCACCCCCGUCCCCAAGAAGCUCCAGGACGGCAGCGAAGACGUUCCCUACCUCCAGGCCGCCGUCAUCUCCGGUGCUCCCAUGGAGCUCCAGGCCCGAACUGUCCGCAUCUACAAGGAGGCCAAGCCCGCGACGCAGUCCGGCGAUUGGCAGGGCCACCACUGGCGCAUGGACUGGGACAUUCUCCCCAAGGGACAUCGGUGGGAGAACCCUCUGAUGGGCUGGCAGUCGUCUGGCGACAUGAUGCAGGGCACCAAGCUCAACUUCAAGAGCAAGGAGGACGCGAUCCGCUUCGCCGACAAGCAGGGCUACGAGUACUUUGUGCAGGAGCCGCAAUCGAGGAGGAUCAAGCCCAAGGCUUACGCCAACAACUUCCUCUACUCCCCCAACAAGCUCAAGCACAUCCGCACCAAAUAG